AUGUUGUACAAGGUCAAUGUUGUACGACCUCAGUGUUGUACGAGGUCAAUGUUGUACGACCUCACUGUUGUACGACCUCAAUGUUGUAAGGUCAAUGUUGUACGACCUCAAUGCUGUACGACCUCAAUGUUGUACGACCUCAAUGUUGUACGACCUCAAUGUUGUACGACCUCAAUGUUGUACGAGGUCAAUGCGACCUCAAUGUUGUACGACCUCAAUGUUGUACGAGGUCAAUGUUGUGCGACCCCAAUGUUGUACGACCCAAUAUUGUACGACCUCAAUGUUGUACAAGGUCAAUGUUGUACGAGGUCAAUGUUGUGCGACCCCAAUGUUGUACGACCUUAUGUGUUUACGACCUUAAUGCUGUACUACCUCAGUGUUGUACGACCUCAAUGUUGUACAGUCUCAUUGAUGGAGGCGGAGGAGGAUGAAGCUUGA